UCAAUCCUUUCUUCACCUCUAUUCUUCUCUUCUCACUAAAAAAAUAUCAAAACCUUUCACAUUUACAAUCUCUCUCUCUUUCUCUCUCUCUCUCUUUGUCUCUCUACAAGCUCUUUCUAUGCACCAAGUCGAUCUAGAAUCCUUUGUUUCUUCAGUAUGCGUCGGUGGCUCCGACCACCGAAAGAUCGCAUGUGAGACCCUCGCCCCCGACGAACCGACGAUCCCACCUUACUACAGCAACUCCGCCGUGAGUCCGAACGAUUUCCCGCCGCAAUCUUACUUCUUGUCAAACGAUGCUGAUCAGCUCGAGUGGCUAAGCGGCAACGCCUACUUUGAUCGUCAAGAUUCACAGAGAGGCAACUCAGGGAUACUCAAUCCAAACCAACAACACACGAACACGAGCUCGCAACGGUUUUUACUUAAAUCCAAAGCGUCGAUCAUCGGUUUACCUAAACCGCAAAAUACUUGUUUCAACGAGGCUAAGCAACGGCGACACCACGGCGGCAAGAAGAACAAGGUCGUCUUGAGACGGGUCGGGUCACGAACAAAGACGGAUAGUACUUCGGUUCGCGAACCUUCUUCUCCUAAGGUCUCUUGCAUCGGGACAGUGAGAUCCAGAAGAGAACGCAGCCGCCGUAUGCAACGCCAGAAAUCGAAUCGGGUCGAACCGACUAACCGGGUUAAGAAAUCCGGGUUUAUGGCGAGUUUCAGAGCCAUCUUCAGGAUCAAAGGCGGAUGCAAAGACGUGUCGGCGCGUGGGUCUCACGGGGCGUCGAGCAGGAAACAAGACAUCAGGAACCGGCUCCCGAAGGAAGCUGUUGCGAAGUCUUCUUCUUCUGGUGACGGCGGAGAGCAGGUGGUGGUACCUGUACCCGGUUUGGGUGGGAUGACGCGUUUCGCUUCCGGAAGAAGAGCGGAUUUGUUGGAUGGUGGGGGAUGUUGACGUGGCCGCGUGACAAGUGUGUCAAUAGUUAUACAUGUGGGGUACAGUUUUUUAUAUAGUGUUUUUUUGUUUUUUAAGUCCCAGGGGGAGGAAAGUAAGCAGAAUAGAAACAGUACUUUGGUUGUCUUUGUCUGAAUUUUAGUUGGUGGGAUCUGUUCUAGUUUUUGAAAAAGUCGUUGGUGAUGACGUGGCAUCUGGUUUAAACGAUUUCUUUUAUUUUGUUCAUAUAUGAAAAAAGAACACGGCGGCAACGCGAGAACGGUGAUUUCACACCCACCGCACCGCUCCGUUUUUUUUUUUUUUUUUUUUUUUGUAAUCUUCUUUGUUUCAGUCGUAAAUAGUUCAGCUAAUGAUUACAUCUGUACAUGCGUGUUGUCAAACAAAAUGUAUUUGUAUUUAAUCUUUUUUUGAUU